AUGUCGAGAAGCUACUUUCUCAUUAUUCUCGUGGCCUCACUAAUUCCACUAUUUGCAGGCCAUGGUGGUUCAAACGAUGACCACCUUGAUGAUGGUGUGAAGCCCAACUUAAGGGCAAAAUCUUUAAUUCUGGUGAAAAUCUGGUGUCUAAUCAUUGUUUUCUUUGGCACCUUCGCCGGAGGAAUAUCUCCCUAUUUUUUCAGAUGGAAUCGGACGUUUCUUUUGCUGGGCACCCAAUUUGCAGGAGGGGUGUUCUUGGGGACGGCCUUGAUGCAUUUCUUGAGCGAUUCUGCAGAGACGUUUACGGAUUUGACUCAGAAAAAGUAUCCCUUCGCAUUCAUGCUCUGUACUGCCGGAUAUCUGCUUACUAUGCUCGGAGACCUGGUUGUAACUUGGGUCUAUGCCAAGCAAUCCAACAAGACAGAAGUUAUUCCUGUUCAGAAUCCUGUGCCUUUGCAUACAAUCGAUGAUGAAGGACUAUCCACUGCACAGGGUGGAGACACAACAUCGAGCUUUCAGGAGGCGAAAGCUGCAUUGACUGGUUCAGCUUCUGUUGGGGACACGCUAUUGCUGAUAUUGGCUCUGUGCUUUCAUUCCGUUUUUGAAGGAAUCGCCAUUGGAGUGGCAGAAACGAAGGCGGAUGCGUGGAGAGCGUUGUGGACAGUGUGUCUGCACAAGAUAUUUGCGGCAAUUGCAAUGGGCAUAGCACUACUGCAGAUUGUUCCAAACAGGCCACUGUUAUCAUGUGCAGCGUAUUCUUUUGCGUUUGCCAUAUCCUCUCCAAUUGGGGUUGCAAUCGGUAUAAUAAUCGAUUCCACUACAGAGGGACGAGUUGCCGAUUGGAUUUAUGCGAUUUCAAUGGGUUUGGCUUGCGGAGUCUUCAUUUACGUGGCAAUAAACCAUCUUCUCAAUCGAUGGACCAAACAUCAUAACUCUCAAAAGCCUGAGAUUGCAUUUGAUAAACCAUUUUACAAUUACAUGGCGGUUGUUCUGGGAGCUGGAGUAAUUGCAGUGGUGAUGAUUUGGGAUUAGAGAACAAGAGCAGCCUCAAUGUUUUGAAUGAUAAAUCUUGUGUUUCUCACAUUCCAAGUUCAG